UUAACUUGGAAUGUUGAGGUUCAUUCCCAUUACGUUUCUCAAUUUUUUAUGCGCUCCCGGGAAAAUAAAAACAAAAUACAAAAUCUUUGGACAGUUGACUUUCUCGAGAAAAGCCCAGUUUGGUUGUCAACAACUUCUUUCGUUGUGGGGGAUUCCAUCUUUAUAUUUCAGAUUGUUGCUUCAUUAUCCCAUUCAUGAACGUGGGGCUCUUUUGUUCUUUCCUUGGGUAUAGAUUCAGCUCUCCCCCUUUGAUGAUCAGAAAUGGCUCUAAAGAAUGGAGACAAGGGAAAAAAGUCCUUCAUUCAGAAACUUUUUUCAACUAUGGAAAGGACUGGAAGGAAAAUGACUAAAGGGUUAUUUGAUUCCUCAGGAGCAAAGUCCAAUCUAGACAUUGGGAAUCUAUUUUUCUGUGGUGAAGGACCUCCUAUGUCUAAUGGUCAAGGUGUUGAGCCCGUCAGGGUUUUUGUAGCAACGUGGAAUGUAGGAGGAAAAUCUCCUCACAGUGGCCUCAAUCUGGAUGAUUUUCUUCAUGUCCAUGAUCAAGCUGAUAUAUAUGUUUUGGGGUUUCAGGAAAUAGUUCCAUUAAAUGCUGGAAAUGUGCUGGUUGUAGAAGAUAAUGAGCCUGCAGCAAAGUGGCUACAGUUAAUCAACCAGUCCUUGAACAAAUCACCCGCAGUUUAUGUGUUCAACAGCCCGACACAUCCUUAUGACAAUAGAUCUGUUGGUCUGAGGGGUCUAAAAACGACAGCCACAACUGGUGGCUCCCUGUUCUUCCCAAAGUACUCUCUGAAGGCUUUCAGUCAAACCUUCAGGACAGAGAGUGGAAAGAGGCUGAAAACUUGCAGCUGCACCACUGAAUUGGAAAGGAAGUAUGGUAAAGAUUGCUGUUUUCAGUGUCCAAAAUCAUCCAUACGUGACGAUGAAUCUUCUUCAGAAGAGGAUGACGAACCAAACAGCUUUUCUACUGCCUCUAGUACCAAGAACAUGAAGUACAGCCUAAUAGCAUGCAAACAGAUGGUUGGAAUUUUUGUAACUAUUUGGAUGAAAAAGGAGCUUGUUCAGCAUGUAAGCCACCUGAGGAUCUCCUGUAUUAGUCGUGGGAUAAUGGGCUGCCUUGGGAACAAGGGUUGUAUUUCUGUGAGAAUGACUUUGCACCAGACAAGCUUUUGCUUUAUCUGUAGUCACUUGGCGUCAGGAGAAGAAGGAGAUGAGCUGAGACGAAAUUUAGAUGUCAUAGAGACACUUAAAAACACUCAAUUUCCAAAAAUCUGCAGAACACCUGCCAGUGGAGUGCCAGAGAAAAUUCUAGAUCAUGAGCGGGUCAUAUGGUGGGAUUUGAAUUACCGGAUUGCUUUGAGCUACUCUGAAACCCGGAAGCUUCUGGAGGAGAAUGCCUGGGAUGCACUUCUUGACAAAGACCAGCUCAAGAUUGAAAGAGAAGCAGGACGAGUAUUCAAGGGAUGGCAAGAGGGGAAGAUCUACUUUGCACCUACAUACAAAUACAGGAACAACUCAGACACUUAUGCUGGUGACGCUACAAAAUCUAAAACCAAAAGGAGAACUCCAGCUUGGUGUGAUAGAAUACUAUGGCAUGGACAUGGGAUACGACAACUUUCUUACAUACGAGGGGAGUCCCAGUUUUCCGACCACCGACCUGUUUGUGCCACAUUUCUGGUAGAUGUUAAUGUUGCCCACAGUAGAGCUGAAAUGCUCUAAUCUCCAACCAGUAAAUAUUUGCAGCAACAAGUGUAUGGAUGAAAUAACUAUUAGCCAUUGCAAGAUUGAGGAACACACAAAUUUUACCAGUGAAGGUUUGAGAAGCUCUUGCAGUUCUGAUGAGUGUUUUCUCAAGAGCCACCAUCCAAUAGUUUCACUUUAAUGUUGAUUAUAGGCAAAAUUAUGUUUACUAAUGUCCUAAACUUGUCACGUAAAUAUAGUUUGUUUUUUUGAUGCACCUCCAAGAAGAGAAAGAGGGAAAAUGAGAAUAGAAACCACAUUGAUGCUUCUCAAUGAGGCAUGAGUUAUCAUGACUGUAAUGUUCGUCUUUAUUAUAUGCUUGAAUUCUUUCUGUGUGA